GCCAGUCUAUGUCAACAGGCAGUUCCAUUUAACUGGUUUUUGUCUUAAAAAAUAAUACUAAUCCUACCAUGUCAAGGCUUCUUAAAGGUUCCUGUACUGGCAAUACUCCUCUAAAUGAACCUUUGAGACACCAAGGCAAGUGCCAAAUUGCUGCAAGGAACAAUUCAAACCGGCAACCAGGGAAAGUGUUUGGAUGCUCAAAUUGGGGAAUGGCGGUCAACGUGUACUCUACCUCUAUAACCCAGGAGACUAUGAGCAGACAUGACAUCAUUGCAUGGGUUAAUGAUAUAUUAGCUUUAAACUACACAAAAGUUGAACAACUCUGUUCAGGAGCAGCUUACUGCCAGUUCAUGGACAUGUUGUUCCCAGGGUGCAUCAGCUUGAAGAAAGUAAAGUUUCAAGCAAAGCUGGAGCAUGAGUACAUUCACAACUUCAAACUUCUGCAGGCAUCAUUUAAAAGAAUGAAUGUGGAUAAGGUAAUUCCUGUGGAAAAACUGGUCAAAGGGCGCUUCCAAGACAACUUAGAUUUCAUUCAAUGGUUUAAGAAGUUCUUUGACGCUAACUAUGAUGGGAAGGAGUAUGAUCCUGUGGAAGCUCGACAAGGCCAAGAUGCUCUUCCUCCACCAGAUCCUGGUGAACAGAUCUUUAACCUGCCCAAAAAGUCUCACCAUGCAAACUCUCCAACUGCAGGUGCUGCUAAAUCCAGUCCAGCUUCUAAACCAGGAUCAACACCUUCUCGCCCAUCUUCAGCAAAAAAAGCUGCACCAGGCAGCUCGGCAUCCAAAUCAGAUAAAGAUUUGGAAACUCAAGUCAUACAGCUCAGUGAACAGGUACAUUCAUUAAAACUUGCACUUGAAGGCGUGGAGAAGGAAAGGGAUUUCUACUUUGGCAAAUUAAGGGAGAUUGAACUUCUCUGCCAAGAACAUGGGGGAGAGAAUAAUGACCUUGUCAAUCGGCUAAUGGAAGUCCUUUAUGCUUCAGAUGAACACGAGAGCCACACAGAUGAGCAUGAAGGUGAAGAGCAAGUCCAUGAACAGCCCCAGCAGCAGGAUGAGUACUGACUCACGCAGCAUCUCUGACAAUUUUCGUUUUGUGUGAGAACUUUCUUCUGGAGAAUGGAACAUGUGCGGCCUCAAACUUGAAAUCAGUUCACUCCCAGUCUGCCAUUAACAUUUAUGUACCAUAGUGAGUGCCAGCCAACCACUGCAUUCUGUACCAAUACUUUGCCAAGAUGCAUUUGCAGACGUCUUCUUUCAGUGUAUCUUCCCAAGAGGUGGUAGGGCUACAUCACCUACUGUACAUCACUGCAACGUCACCACUUGGCUGCUUGAGAUUUGUUCUGCUCUUUAAAAAUAUAUAUAUUUAUUUUUUUUUCUUUUUCGUCUUAAGUAUGAUACACUUGUAACUUGUUCUAACAUAUUUAUAUUGGCAUUUUGUGUGGCAAGGAGUUCUGUACCACUAGCUGUGUCUCUCACUUUUGUGGUGCUUUUACGUUUUCUAGUACAUCUGCCUUGGGGCAUCAAUUUGGCCAAACAGUUGAAAUAAAGGGAUACAGUGGAUGUCAUACUCAAGCCAUAACGAUGAGGCUGUGUUGUGGAGGAAAACGCUUGUGUUGCUCACAUUUAUUCCUUUCCUGUCUUCACAAAUGGAAGGUGGAGCAUCUGUUUCACUGGGAGAUGAAAUCCCUGUGUUAGGAAGCUUGUUAGAAAGCUGCAUGGUAUGUUUUUUGGCUGAUUUCUGGAGGAACAGACAUCCACUUAAGCUCUUUGAAAACCCUCCCAGUUUCCUAACUAGUCAGUAGACAUUUCCCAGCUUUUCUUCUUCUCUGAGGAAUCCAGUCCCAGCCUCCAGCUGCAGCUCUACCUCCGCAGAGCUCAGUGCUGAGGGAGGAGAGAAAUCUCCUUGACACAAGUGUAGCUGCAGGACACAGUCUCUGCCAUCAUCCUUGGCUUCCCACCUCUCAGAAAGGGAGAAAGUAGGCCAGCCAUUUCCUUCCACUUUCCUUCCUCCUUCCACUGCCCCAGCCAUGCAAGUAUAGAAGACAGAAAUUUUGUCACUAGUGCAAAGUGCAGGGGAAAACAGCAACAGCAUUGGCCCUGAACCACACCUCAAACUCCCCUGUAAGUGGAUGGUGGACACUUCACAGGUUUAAGGCUGCUUCCAAUGCAUGGAGAGGCAGUGAGGAGUCCUGGAGACAAGGCACACAUCAGAAGGGGAACAUCUGACUGGGGGCACAGAGCUGUUUCUGUGCUUGGCUGACCUUCCUUCUUCAAGGCCAGUGUGGUGCAGAACCAUAUGUGCACUGGAGAUGUCUGCAGCGGGAGUAUUCCCUUCCAGUGUGGUCCCAUGGCCCUGUUCUAAAUGAUGAUAUUUUAUAAACAGAGGCAUCUUGAAGUAUAAAAAGCAUUCCUUGUUCUUCUCCUACCAUUGUGCUUUGUAGUCUCUCUGGUUAUUUAAUGCCUGGUAUUCUUGGUCUCUCGCUUCAUUUUCUGAAUCCUGGUUUGUUGUGCUGAUUUAGCAGGUACGUGGAAGUCCCACCCAAAUGACAUUCACUGAAAAACUCCACAGUCUAUUGAACAGCUAAAUAAUUUUAGGUAUUCUUAGGUUCCUAAAGCAUUAGGUCCCCAGCUUAUGCUUCCAUAGAAAGAUUUCCAGUGAAUCAGCCCCCAGGCACACACACAUGCACAUGCAGUUUUCCAUUCCUAAUCAAUCUUCUGCAGCUAAGUGGCUCUUAGUUAAAUGUGAGAACCCUGCUGUUGUGUCGCACCACCGACAAUAUAUAAAAUGCUGUUGAGCACCAAAACAGGUAUUACCAGUUUCUUGAUCCUCCCCCUGCACAGCAGAAGAGUUUCUGGACCCUGCAGGCUGAAGUUUUCCCAGCCCUGCACCCAGUAUUGACCUCACAUCCUACCCAGUGAUGAAAUCAAAGUACUGCAACCUGCAGGCCAGCGCUUUCCUCUCCCGUUUCAAUUGGUUACAAGUAAGGUCUGGUUUAUAAAAUCAUGUUUUUUCCAAAAUAAUUAUUUCCAAGAAUCACCACAAAUGGGGGAAUUGUCAUUUUUGUUGUAUUUGUGUUUAUUAGAACAUAUGUACUUAUUACAAUUGUCAUUGUAAUAAACAGUAGUUCUUCAUAA